UUGUUUUUUUUUUGGUUUUUUUUCUUCAGUGGGAUGGAGGGCAGCUCCGGAUUUAUAGCUCGCCACCUUUAAAAACAUUUAGACUGUAGGUGUGCAGGAAGAUGCGCGCUAUAUAGCUAAUGCGGAUUAAUAGAAAAUCAUUUUGAUGCAUAAUAACAUGACCUGGACGCAAAGAAAGAAUCAUAGCUAAAAUUCAAACAACGCGGAUUACACUUUGAAAUGAAAGCAGAUGCAUAUCCAAGAAGCACCGCGCGGUGUGUUUUCCUGUCAGCAUCCUUAAAACACCGGUAAUGUGGCGCUCGGAUUGAUCAAACUAGCCGCUGUUUGUAAGCAUCAAAAUGAUCCUUUUCCGCAAAUUCCGCGUGCUGCUUCUCAUGGUCUUUCUCGUAGCGUGCACCAUGCACAUCAUGAUAGACUUGCUGCCUAAACUGGAGAAGAGAGCAGCGGGAGCGGACUCUGCAAACUCGGGCUGUUCCUGCGCGCACGAGCCGAGCGAGGCGCCUCGCGGCCGGAGCAAACAGCAGCAGCAGCCGCAGGCGCAGCAACAACAGCAGCGCGCGAGGUCCGGAGCACCGGCGGAAGCGAGCUGGCCCAACAAGCACACGCUCAGAAUCCUCCAAGAUUUCAGCCAAGAGCCCAGCUCGAACCUCAGCUCACAGUCUCUGGAGAAAGCGGCGGCCACCGGGGACAAGACGGACCCGAUCCGAGGAGUGAAGCAGCGCGCGGCGGACUCUGACAGCCCGAGGAGUCUGAUGAAGGAGGCGGCGAGUGGAAGCAAGCAGGCUAACAGAGGCGCCUCCAGACUCGCAGCUCUCUACCAACACCCGCUGUACAACAGCGAGCUGCCGCCGCUCACCGACGACGACACGCUGUUCAACGUCAAUACGGACAUACGGUUUUAUUCCAAAGCCACCGGAAACCAGGAAUGGCACCAUGAGGGAAAUGAGGAAGAGGAGUACAACCCGACCGGGGAGGCCACUGCUGAGUCAUACCCCAACUGGCUUCGCUUCCACAUUGGGAUUAACCGCUAUGAGCUCUACUCCAGACACAACCCUGUAGUGGAGGCCCUGCUCAAAGACCUGCAGGCCCAGAAGAUCACAAGCGUAGCUAUGAAGUCUGGUGGCACUCAGCUGAAACUCAUCAUGACAUUUCAGAAUUAUGGCCAAGCUCUCUUCAAGCCGAUGAAGCAAACCAGAGACCAAGAGACCCCCCCAGACUUCUUCUACUUCUCUGACUUUGAGAGGCACAAUGCCGAGAUUGCAGCAUUUCAUCUCGACAGAAUUCUGGAUUUCCGACGGGUUCCACCAGUGGCUGGCAGACUAGUAAAUAUGACACGGGAGAUUCGAGAUGUGACCCGGGACAAGAAGCUCUGGCGCACAUUCUUCGUCUCUCCAGCCAACAACAUUUGUUUCUAUGGUGAAUGUUCAUACUAUUGCUCCACUGAACAUGCCCUGUGUGGCAAACCUGACCAGAUUGAGGGCUCACUGGCCGCCUUUCUGCCUGAUCUGGCCCUCGCCAAGCGCAAGACCUGGAGGAACCCCUGGCGCCGCUCAUACCAUAAGCGCAAGAAAGCUGAGUGGGAAGUGGAUCCAGAUUACUGUGAUGAAGUAAAGCAGACUCCACCAUACGACCAUGGCACCCGUCUGCUGGAUAUCAUGGACAUGACCAUCUUUGACUUCCUUAUGGGUAACAUGGACCGUCACCAUUAUGAGACUUUUGAGAAGUUUGGCAACGAGACAUUCAUCAUCCAUUUGGACAAUGGCAGAGGAUUUGGAAAACACUCACAUGACGAAAUGUCAAUCUUGGUGCCUUUGAGUCAGUGCUGCAGGGUGAGGAGGUCCACCUACCUGCGGCUUCAGCUGCUGGCUAAGGAGGAGUACCAGCUGAGCUCGCUGAUGGAGGAGUCUCUUUUGCAUGACCGCCUUUCUCCCAUACUCAUUAAGCCACACCUGCAAGCUCUGGACCGGCGCCUGCGCCUGGCUCUAAACGUGCUGGCCGAAUGUGUGGAGAAGGAGGGCUACAGUGCUGUAGUGGAGGAUGACAUGGAGCACCAUCAGACCUCUCGGGCGAGGUAGUGGAACCCGGACCUACACCAUGAGCCUCGGGCACGUUGUGCUUGAGACGCAUGUUUGAAUUCAGUGAAUUCCAAGAGACUCACCACCAAUGCCUCUGAACUGCCACUCUGCAUACGGAUAUGUCUGGUACGUCUACAGAUGUUGACCAGACGUGCUCCCGCUUUCUUUCGCUCCCCACAUUCAGACAUGCUCCCCACGGACUUUUUAAGACUCUUAGACCAGAGGCAUUACGGAAAAGAGGUCCAUUUUCUUUUCUUUUGAUGCUACCCAUAAGCACCAGGGAUUGUAUUUUAUGUUCAUUUGAUUUGUUUCUUUUUACCUUUGAAGUCCAAGGCUUGCAUUUUAGCCAUGGUGGAAGCUGCAGCACGUAUUGUUUUGUUACACCCUGCUUUUUAUUACAUGAUUGGUUGUGCAAAACUAAUUUAUUAAUUUUGCAUAUUUUAAUCAUUUCAGUAUAUUAAUGAGAUGGUAGAUGUACAGAGAUGUAUAGUAGAAGCACAGAGAGACUUUUGACCAGUAAUACAGUGAUCACCUGUUUUGUUGCUUGAGAUAAAAGCCAGUUCCUUGAUCCGGCUAACAGACCAGUCUAACAGACUGGUUCUCUGGAGCAGGUGUGUUAGAUAAGGUUUCGGGCUGAAUUCCGUUCAAGGAACAGAGCUGAUGAUCACAGUAUUAGGCAAUGUGAGACUGGAAUAAGCGGUGAACUUUACUUACUACAGUUAGCAUAGGAAUUAUAGAUAUAUGUAUGGUUGCCGAUUUAUUUUCUAUGUAGCCAACUGCGCUCUGUGUAUGAGAUAUUUUGCCUAAAGAUACAUUGAAGCUUUAAGAGUAGUACUGCAGUGCAGUGCUCCUCCUGUGAGGACCCGUAUAUGACGCCUCUCCUCUCUGUGUGUGACCUGAUUUGGUUUUCCUAAUCGCUUUCGAAAGCUUACAUAGAUGCAUCUGCAAGUCGGACUCCGUGCAAUCCAGUGUUAAGUAUUUUUUAUUCCAUGUUGUGAACUCUGCAUUUCCUCUCUCAUUAGAGUUAUUCAGCGCUGGAGUGAGCAUGACAUUUAGGGUUAUUCAAAAGUGCACUCUUGGUAGGAACUUUGUGGAAGAGUGCAGAAUGACUCUAAUUGGUGUUUUUUGUUUUGACACUGCCUCCCGUCAGCGACACCAUGCUGAAUGCACCUGUUUCCUCGGCAUGGGGAGCUUUGCCGCUCCCCGAUGCAACGCUGCCACGGCUUGUUAAUUCUGUGUCCUUUUCCGUGCCAUACAUGGGCAAGCUGAUCCUUUCUCACUGGCUGCACUCUUAGUUCUUUUUACCAUAUAUGAAUUAGUAAGCAGAAUUCACAGCUCUGCAUCAGUGUAUAUAAAGCGUUUGUGUUUUUGUAUGAUAAAACAAAUUAUCUGUCUGCUAGAGUUGUUACUAGAAAUUUUUCAGACUAAAGACUACAUCAUAGUCAUUGCAAAUAUUUUUUUCUUUUAGAAGAUUCAGCAUCACCAGAUUUAGAGAUUUAGAUUUUUUUUUAAUCACUUUAAAUCAGUUGUGAAUUGUUUCCUAAACUAUGGCCAGAAGGCAAGAGAGUGCCUUUAUCAUUACUCAUACUGACACAAGAAAAACAAGAUUUUUUCCAUUUUAUGUGAAACUAUUUCAAGACACUAUGGGCCAUAUUCAGAGUUAAGUAUGAAUGAAGAUGAAUGCUUAGGCAUGUUUUCUUUACAGGAAAGUGCAUCGAAUUAACCAAAACAUUGGAAAUAUGUUAACAGCGAAUUAACCAAAACAUAGGCAAAAAAUUAACAUCGAAUUAACAAAAACAUUGGCAAUAUAUUAAUAAUUCAAACUAUUAAACACACACUAGUAAAAGCUUGAUAAAACAGAUUAUAUCCAUGAUCUAAUACAUUUCAUGUGUGAUCUCAUGACCUCGAUUUAGUAUCUCAUGGCAUCUCUUGCACAAUAAACUGUCGGAUCACAAAAAAGUAAAUAAAAUGCAAAAUAAUAGGAUGUGCUGGAUCACUUUUAUAAGCUGCUGGAAGCCAUUUUGUUAAAUUAUAUAUCCAAAUUUGCAGUGAUUAAUUUUAUAUCGCAUUAGUCAUUUUUAUUUUUUAUUUUUAAAUUAUGUUACAUCAUAUUACAUUUGACAAAUGCUACAAAUGCUAUCUGCUUCUUCAGACCCCGUUUCUAUCCCUGAUUUUUUUUUUCCGGGCUUAUAGGCUGGUGCUUGUGUUUAAUGGUGAUCUAGACAAUACUGCAAAUCCCUGUCUCAGACGCUUCUAUUCAAGAGAAAUCUGGCAACCUCAGCAGCAUGGACUAACUGCAGGUAAUUUGCAUAACCUGAAUGGGAAUGCAAGAAAACUAACAUAAGCACACGCAUAACCCGACUCUGAAUAUGCGUAACUUUCCCUACUUGGACUUAAGUCAGCGACUCUGAAUACGGCCCUAUGUGCACUUGUGUGUUGUAUUAUUGUUGCAUUAUUAUUUAUUAACCUCUAAGAAUAAUGCAUUUGUGCAACAAUUAUUUUUUUCUAGUUUUCAAUUAACAUUUAAACAGUAUCAAAAAUGGUAUAAUUUAAACAUCAACCUACAAAAAUAUGAAUGAAGAAUCAGUGCAUAUGUGUGUUUCUGUGUAAACUCAGUGCCUGUGCAAUGAUAGAGAUACUUGAAUGUUUUGGGAUUCAUCACAACUGGACCUUCAAUCCCUGAGGUCUGGACUCAGACUAACAGCCCAAGGGGAUUGUGGCAUUUCUCAGCAGGGAGAAGGUGAGAUCACAGCACACUUUCAGAUGCUGAGUAGGCUGGAAUAACUCCCUGUGCUUUCAUUGUGUAUGUGUAAAUAUCUGUUAAUACUCUCCACUGAACCCAAGGCUGUUUUUAACAGCCAAAACGCUUCUGUUUUUUUCUUCUCUCUUAUGCAUUGUUACUGUGAAGACUUGUUUGCAAAAGAUAAUGGUGUGCAAUAAAAAAUUAAGCUGUU